CCGUAAUAUUUUAAUAAAUCACCAUCAAUCCUUGUCAAUACUUGAUACCAUUAUUAAUAACAUUAUAACAACCUAUCAAUCAAUUUGUGUACUAGUUCUAUUUCAUUCUCAGACGCCAUGGCAGCUCAGCCAAAGAAGAUCAUCAUUGAUACUGACCCUGGUAUUGAUGAUGCCAUGGCAAUUUUUGUAGCAUUACGGUCACCGGAGGUGGAGGUGAUUGGACUUACAACUAUAUAUGGGAAUGUUUAUACAACCCUGGCCACAAGAAAUGCUUUGCAUUUGCUUGAAGUUGCAGGAAGGACUGAUAUCCCAGUGGCUGAAGGAUCUCAUGUCUCAAUCACUAAUGGCACAAAACUGCGCAUUGCUGGUUUCGUCCAUGGUGCAGAUGGACUUGGCAACCAAAAUUUCCCUCCACCAAAAGGGAAGCCAAUUGAACAGUCAGCAGCUGAUUUUCUCAUUGAGCAAGCAAAACUUUAUCCAGGAAAAGUCACGGUUGUGGCACUAGGCCCACUUACAAAUAUUGCACUGGCUAUCCAACGAGAUCCUGCAUUUUCAAAGAACAUUGGACAGAUUGUUCUUCUUGGUGGUGCUUUUUUAGUAAAUGGGAAUGUGAAUCCCGCAUCAGAAGCCAAUAUUUUUGGCGAUCCAGAUGCUGCAGAUAUUGUAUUCACAAGUGGGGCAGAUGUAGUGGCUGUGGGCAUAAAUGUUACUCAUCAAGUUGUCUUCACAGAUGCUGAUAGAGAGAAGUUGUCAAGGUCUGAUGGAAAAUUUGCCCAGUAUUUGUGCAAAAUCUUAGACGUGUAUUUUUCAUAUCACCACGAUGCGUACAACAUAAAAGGAGUUUAUCUUCAUGAUCCAGCAACCAUGCUUGCAGCUGUUGAUCCUUCACUUAUGACUUACACAGAGGGUGUGGUUAGAGUCCAGACAAGUGGCAUCACUAAGGGACUAACAAUAUUAUACAACAAACAGAAGAGGUUUGGCGAAGUCACUGAAUGGACUGAUAAACCCACAGUGAAGGUUGCAGUCACUGCUGAUGCUCCCGCUCUGGUCAAAUUGGUCAUGGAACGCCUUAUGGACUCUUGAAGUAUUUAACCUAUUGAUUGAUAAUUCAGGAGACUUCAUCUUGUGGUUAGAAAUAGAAUUAGCGGUUCUCAAAGAUGUUCAUAGCUGUUGUGAUGCAACUACUUGCCUAUGAUUUCAAUUCAGAUAUAUCCCACAUAACAAUGGUCGAGCAUCUGAUUUGAUCACUGCCUCAGUCUUGAUGCUGUAUGGUACUAUAGAAAAUAACAAGAUUGUACUUUUCUUUUUCUUGAAUAAAUAAACUCCUUCUGGUGUAACAACAAUUGAAAUCCAAUAAAUAUUUUCUGGGAAA